AUGCUUUUUCUCCAGCGUGCCUUUCUCCUUGGUUUGGCGGCUGCUUCCUUGGUUACCUCGCGGGCCACCGGGAAUGCUCCUGACCAUGGCCUUAUUCUCAAGAGAGGUGUCCCCGAACCGCCGGGAGACGCAAGAGUUCCCUUGACUAUUACUCUUGAUGGUGUAGAGUGGACACGCGCAGAAAUCCUCGACGCCAUUAAAAACAAUGCAGGAAAGCCUUUUAAGAACCAUGGAGUUGAGUGGAAAGGCAACAAAUGGGUACCCAAGGACCCAUUGUUCGAAGGUGGAGGGAAACUGACGGAGAUUGACUUGACCAAAUCAUCUUCGCGAGGAAAGUUUCGGGCCAUUGUCUCAUCCGGUAAUAAAAAACUUGUUGGUAUUACAGAACAUGCUGCAGAGAACAAUGUCAAAUCCGUUUGGGAUGUCAAGGCGCUCACAAAGGAGGGAAAAUGGCUCAAGCUUGGAGUCAAGGGCGACAGAGUCACUGGCGAUAAUGGACUGCACUACGCUCGUAAGGACAUUGCGGCGGCCAUGCAGAGUCAGUCAAGGGAAAAGGUGGGAAAGCUUUGGAAGUCCAAGGUCUCGGCAGUGAGUGGAACUUCCAAGGAUGUCUUCUAUGUUGUCUAUGACGGCAAUGAAUUCAAGUAUAUUGAAGACGCAUCUGGGAAAAAAGUCUUUGAGAAACCGGCGGCAUGUGGCGUAGCCCCCAUCCCAAAAAGAGACUGUGUUCCGGGCGAUGUUGAGAGUGAAGUCGAGGACAAGCUAGCCGGUUCCGAAGGGGACGAUUCGCCAGCCACGCCAGGUAAAGAAAUUGAGAGUCCAUCUUCUGAAGGAGAGGCGCCACCACCUGAGCAGGCCGGCCCGGAACCAGGGGACGGCGCAGUAGCACCCGAGAGCCCUGAAUCGGUAGCGCUCGCCGAGAAAUUCUCUGACGAUGAGUUUAUCAGCUUCGCAACCACAAAAGGAAUGAUCAAAUCGGUAACUGAAACACUGACCCUUUCAAUCAAGGACAUUCGGACCAAAGUACUAGGCUAUAAGCCACUGGACCCAAAGUCACCAAGCUUCAAGGUUCGCCCUGGCAAGGUAGCCGCAGGUGGUGCCAAUGCGGCUCUUGGUGUUGUUACUGUCGGCGUCUGGAUCAAGGGCAUGGUUGAUGCCUUUGAACAUGAUGUGAAUCUCUUGGACAAGGCGGCAGCCGUGACAUCGAUUGUGCCUUUUGUUGGAUGCACAACAAACCUUGCUGCUCAGACUUGGAAGGGCGAGGUGGACCAUCAGGAUACGGCCCUGUGUUAUGUUGGUGACGGACUACUAAUGACCCCCCUGGCUCCUCUCGGCAUUGCUGUUCAUAUCAUCCGGUGGUUUAUCAGUCUCGCAAAGCCUCCCACGGUGCCAGAGAAGGAAGUCUUUGUGCAGCAUCGCGACAGUCAAUGGGAAAAGUUCCUUGCCGAUCACAUUUACACGUACAUCUAUUCCGACAGCAAGGAGCCAUCCAACUCCAAGGAAAAGACAUUCCGGGCCAAGCUGAGCAGCACUUUGAACAUUCGGGGACUUGCUGUUGUCUCGGAAGGCGCUCAGAAGAUUGGUGCCGCAAAGGCCGUUGCACAGAAGUCGUUGAAAGCGAGCAAGGACGACGCGGAAAAAGCCGAAAUUGAAAAGGGUUCCGUUGAAGUCGUUGAGGGAAUUCGAGCUAUCAUGUGGAAUGAUACUCUCCGUAGUCAGCGUGACUAUCUGUUGGGGCUGCCAGAUGCGCUAAGAGACCAGAGCAAGGCGUCUCUGAAGCCACUGGGUGAGGCAUUCAAUGACGACUAUGUCAAGAAUAUCGCAUCUAUCCAGAUGGCUCGCACCUAUUACCAGCCUGACAGAUUCAAUAGGUUUCCUGCCUACCCUGGAGAAAAACCUGGCAACUUGGGGCCGGUCCAGUCAAAGCUGCGGAUCAUCGCAGCUCAUGUGAAGAACGCACCACUACCCCUACCGAAAACGUUUUCUCUCGCUUACAUCCUCGGACAGUCAAAGGGUCUGAAGGGGUUGGAUCCUGGUGUUCUCUCUCCGCGGGACUAUCUGCGCGACCAGAAAGCGCCCAUGAAGCUAUCUGAAGACCACAUCAACUUCCUCUCGCUUUUCCACACGCUUGAGGUGACCAAGCUUCUGCAUGGUUACAUCAAGGAGGACCAGCUUCACAACCCAUGGAAGUCGGAAAUCAAGGAUGCUCGGCCCCUUCGUCUCCUCAUCGCACUGAAGUUUGGAAAGAUAGUUGAGGAGCGCAAAGGAAGCGGAGCCAGCGGCCCAGACAUUCCCCCUCUUCUGGGCCGGGAUUCUGCCCCUUUGCUUGCGGCAAUUACUGGGCUAAGUGAAGAGAUUGCUCGCAGUCUUCCUAUGGGGGAAGAGUACCUGCCAUACAAGGACGAAGGCCUGAUCUCGGAGAAGAUGAUUAUGGCUAUGCUGCGCCUCGCACAGAGCUGGAGCGCGCCAAAUGGCAAUAAGGGGCAGACGACUGAUAAGGCUGAGAUCUAA